AUGAAGUGGAAGAAUCUCACGAGGCCGACGCCCAAUGUCCCGCUAGCGCCCGUACCACUUCCUGGGCCUGGGGCUACGCGGGAUGGCGCGGAGAUUGUGAAGCAGUUGACGGGGUUGUCUCGGUCGAGUAUGAGUGGUGACCAGGGUGCGAGACUGGAUCUUGUCAAGGUUAUUGAGCUUGAGGGGGAGUUAUGGGAGCCGGAGGGAAUUGUGAGGCUUGCGGGUAAUGGUAUGGAGGGGAAUGACAGAGAACGGGAUCCAGUGGACGUUGAUGAGGAGGAGAAUGGUGAUGAGGAAAGGUUCUGGGUUUCGGCAGGGGAGUAUACCGUCCCGACGGAGAAGUAUCCUGACGGAAAAUGGAUUGAUGGGACGGAUCGGAGUGCCGGGGCGGGCUUUGCGCAUUUCGUGGUGUUUGACGGGCGCGGAAGACGUGUUGGGGACUGGGUUGUUUCCGAGGAAGGGGACUUGGAGUACCGACCGAAUUCGACGGCAACAGUGGUGAGGGUUGAUCCGGUCAGCGUGGAAAUGGAGAGGGUCUUCCAGGUGGCGGAUCACCAGGGUGGGAUCGUGCAUGAUGUCCACAAUGGGACGUUGACGACAUUGGGGUGGGGUGGGAGAGUUGCGAGGAGAUGGGAUAUCAGCCAGGCCGGGAUGACAUGGGAGGGCGAAACUGGCGGUGGGAUAGGAAAGGGGAAACAGGCUCAACUUGGCAAACGGGGUGAAGUGGAUUACAAUGGGGAAGUCGACGGACCUCAGACAACAAUCGUGAAUCCUUCACACUGGAUCGAUUACCAAGACUGUAAAUCUCUCGGCAUCGUCGACGGGAGGCAUCUGAUGCUUUGUUCCGGCAUCGCGAUGCUGGCGCCGGGGUUGGAGGUGGGUGGGUUGGCGAUUGUUGAAGUGGAAGGGAUGGUUCCUCUGUGGGAGGUGCCGUUCAUGGAAAGAACAGGGGUUAUGCCGUGGACGGGGGAUGAGGACCACAUAGAAGCGAGCAUGAGGAGGAAGAGCGUGUUGAUGACGAAGAACCCGAUGGAUGUUGCUGUCGUUGGGGGACGAGUGAGGCUGUAUUUUGCGCCGGAAGAGGGCAAGAGUAGAAUUUUUGUUUAUGAGUUGUUUUAG